CCGGGUGGCGACUCAUUCACACGGCAGAGCCGCGCUUACACAGCUCCCGUAGGCGCGGGAGCCGCACCCUGACGUGCAGGAAGGCUUAGGGCUAUGCGAGUAAGACGAAUGACCGCUCCUCCCCUUUGCUGACAUGCCAAAUAGGAUGAAUGGCAGGCUGAACAUAGCUGCGCGGAGCUGCGGCGGGGCAAUGUGGUGGAAGCGGUGGUGGGGCAUUAAAUGAGGGGCAACAGGGUCUUCACGACUCGAAUUCGACCUCCUGUUCAAUCUUCUCGUACUUCUCGGUUUCCAAGGCUCAAUUCGAUAUGUCCGCUGCUAAGAGGAGCCCACCCUUUAGGGCUGAACACGUCGGAUCGUUGCUUCGCCCGCAAGAGCUCGUGCAGAAGCGGUACGAUGUUGCUGCUGGCAAGGCACCGGCAUCGGAGCUAAUCCCGUUGGAAGACAAGCUCAUCGAGCAAGUGAUUAAGACGCAGAAGGAUGCAGGACUCCACGUGGUGUCCAGUGGUGAAUACACUAGACAUAUGUUUUGGGGCACUUUCUUCGAAGAACUCAAUGGCAUGAAGGAGCUACAGCUCGGUGUCCUGAAGGGCUAUGAUCAGGAUAUGUUCCGAAUGUACGCGCCCGAUGUCAAAUCGUUCUUCGAGUCGAAGGAGGUCCCCAACCAGGUCACGGUGUGCACAGGCAAGAUUUCUCACCCUGGACACUCGAGUAACCAGCGCGAGGUCGACAUUAUGAAGAAGUUGGUGCCCGAAAGCGAAUGGAAGAACAUCAAGAUUACGUUGAUUUCCCCCUCGUGGUAUCACUUCCGAUACAGGGCUGGACAAGCCUACCCCAAGGAGGUCUAUGCCAACGAUGAGGAAUACUUUGAGGAUGUAGCGAAGGCAUACCAGGCAGAAUUGAAGUUCUUGCAUGACCAGGGAAUCAGGAACAUACAAAUCGAUGACCCGAACCUCGCCUACUUCUGCUCCGAGGCUAUGUUGGAAGGCUGGGCCGCCGACAAGGGCAAUGACAAGACCGCAGAUGAGAUGUUCGAUGCGUACGUCCAAUUCUACAACAAGUGCUUUGAGAGACCCGAGGACAUGCAUCUCGGUAUCCAUCUGUGCCGUGGAAACUACGUUGGCAGCCGCCACUUUUCCGAGGGCGCGUACGACAAGAUUGCAAAGAAACUAUUCCAGGACCUUAACGUUGACACUUACUACCUCGAAUAUGACACCCCGCGCGCUGGUGGCUUUGAGCCGUUGACUUAUUUGCCGAAGAACAAAAAUGCCGUCUUGGGUGUCGUUACCUCCAAAUUCCCCGAGCUCGAGAACAAGGACGAGAUGGUUGCUCGCGUGAACCAAGCAGCCGACUUCGUAGCAAAAGGAACCGGCCAAUCCAAGGAAGAUGCACUGCAGCAGCUUUGCGUCAGUCCGCAGUGCGGUUUUGCAAGCCAUGCUGAAGGCAAUGCGUUGGGAUAUGAAGAUAUGCGGAAGAAGCUACAACUCGUGCGAAGCAUCGCGGACGAGCUCUGGCCCGGACAACAGUAAUUUGUAUAAUGCAUGUUAGGAGUAUUGGGACUUUUCAAUAUUGUAUGGUAUGAUAUCUGGAGGAAAGGAGACUAAGCGGCCUGAGGGCCCGGAAGACCGCCAGUCCAGCAGUUUCAUGCAAAAAGCUUAACCUACUACGCAGAGAGGAAGAGAGCUUUG